AGUUUUAGUGACUUGGCAGAGCAUUCCCAUCUGCCUUAAACUACUACUUACUGUGUCUGCCUAUUUUCACAAUAUCUAAGGAGUCAGUGCCUAAACUAAGGAAGUCAAUUGAACUCACCCAAAAUCAUCAAGAAGCUCACUUUUUGAUGUUAUAUCUUUCUUAAAAACUAAUAUAAUACAUCCCCUAGUAUCUUUAAGGCCGUUCAUAAAGAAUGAAGUGUUCUAUGGUAACACGUGCUGCACUGAACUCUUUUAAAUCUCCUGAACUGCGUAAAUCAGUCUUGCAUUCCCAAUACGUGUCAUUGCUACAGCAAUCUCCGAACUUUUUGCUCUUACAACAUAACAAUCUUCUUCCUUCUGAGUCUCGAAAUUUUCGUAAUGAACUAAAAAAGCAUGCUCCUGAUGCCAGCUUGAAAAUAAUUUCCGGCUCUAUUUUCCGACAUGCGUUGCACGUAUACGAAAGCAUGCCAAAGGGCGCCGACGGCAGUGUCGAUCUUUCUGCGGCUAAUACUGUGGCAUCUCAUAAGAAUGCCAAGCGUAUCAAGCUUGACAUCGAUGACUUGUUUGCUGGUCCCCUUGCCGUUUUUGCUCUGGGACCAAAUGUAGCACCCGAAAGCAUUCGCGGAUGUCUAACUGCAUUGAAAAGAUAUCAAAGCAAAAUGGUUUUACUCGGUGGUCGAUUGGAAUCCGAAGGGUUUGAUUACUUUCAAAUUGACUCAAUAUCUAAAAUCCCCUCUCAUAAAGAUUUACAAGCAAGUCUUCUUUCUUUGCUAUCACAACCUGCUCAGCAAGUCAAGCGGCUUUUGGACAUGGCUCGAGGUGAUGUCGCCUAUACUCUUGAACGAAGGGAGAACUAAAUUCUGGGCUGUUUUUGGCUUAACUAUACAGGAGCAUUUUGAUUCAACAUAUAUUAUCAUGUUCAAUUUCUUUUCACCGUUUCAUUUCUACAUCCCCAAACCUACUGCAGUCAAUUAUUAAUUUUACAAACCGUUGUACAAUGCUAUUUUCACCAUACAUUUCAUUA